AUGUCCGCUCAGCUACCCACCUCACCCUGGCGCCAUCGACCAAUCGAAUCUCAAGCCACACCAAUCUUCUCCUUUUUCGCCUUGUCGGACUUUGCGGAGACUAUUCAGCAAACGAGUGUGCUGACACUGUUCCUCGUGCCCGACCCGCGCGCGUCUGCAUCCUUCACGAUUUACCGCGGUGCCGCAACCGCUCGUCCCGAGAUCAUUGCUGCCUCUUCUGCUGCCAUGACACUCGCCAUCACCGUCGUCAUGGCUGCUUUCUCGAGUCAUGAGUUUUCGGCGUAG